AUGACAACGGUGUUCGUCCAACUGCGCCGUGUGGUGUACCUAUUGGUGCUUCUGCUGUGCUGUGUGUGUGUGGCAUAUGCGGCGAGUCCAAGUGAUGUUGUGCAGGAUUCUUCAGCCAUGAGGUCAACUGAAAUAAGAAACGUUGAUCAGGAGUUAGGCAACACGGUAGACAAGGCAUAUGAAUACAUUGUACUUGUGUCUGGUUGUCUCUCUUUGAUGGAGGAGGAGAUGAAGUUAUGCAAGGAAAAUUCCAAGCGUGCUGAAGUUGCCUCUACCAAUAUCACGAAACUUCUUGAGGAGUUCAAGGCAUUGGGAAACGAAAAAGAAAUGUGGAUACAGGGAAAAAAGGAUGGAUUACAAGAAAACAUAUAUGCUAUUGGGAAUUUGACAAUAUCACUCGUUGGCGUGAAAUUCUUGGAACAUGCAUGUGGGAGAGCACUCGACGGCUUAAAUGAUAAUGUGAAGGGAUUUGCCGAAGCUCGAAAAAGCAAAAAAACAAACCAAACGCUAAUUGAACUCGAAAAAAAACUCAACACUACACGAGAUGGAAUCAAGUCACUUUGGUAUGACGGUAAACUCAGGAAUGAAGCGAAUAAGGCAGUGAAAAACCUCAUGGAUGAUUUGGGAGAUGUUUCGGGACUCCAUGUUCCACAAGCCAUCAAUGAUACCGAAUUAAAAGAAGGGGAGGAAUUUGGAGUAAUAGGAAAGGAGAGAAUAGAUAUCCUUGGGGGAAAACUGGAGAAAGUAAAAGCAAAUGCGCCAGAAGAAAUAAAGCGUCUGAAACGGGAGGAGCUGGUGGAAGAAGAGGAAGGGAAUAAAACUGAAAUGCAACCGUCAGGGGAAGUUGGAGUGACGUCGCAGAAGGCACACGAAGAAGCGAAAGAGAAAAGACGAGAAAAGAAGGAGGCUCUCGAGGAAGAAGAGAAAAGGAAAGAGGCUGAUGAAGAGAAAAUUGAAGAGUCUGGGAGGGGAAAUUCCGGAGAGGAAGUAAACAAAGAAGUUCAGGGGGAAAAUGUCAAGGAAAUGGCGAAGGAAGAAGCGGAAAAGGCCAUUAAGGCAAUACAGGAGAGAGACAACAGCAGCAGUCCUGCAUUGAUGCACGGUCCAUUAUUGGUGCUUCUGUUGUGUGUGCUGGGUUGCACUCUCGUUUGCUGA